AUGCGCGAAGGGGACCGAUGGGUAGCUGGUGGUCGACCACGUCGACCGGUGGUCGCGGGGCGGCCGGACUUGGCCGGCGUCGACGGCGGAGUCGACAUCCGCGGCGGCACGGGCGGCUACCGGAACAGGCGCGGUGGGGCGAUGCGAGGCGGGCUGCGGGUGGGUACGGCGCGGGGAAGGGAGAAGGGAGUGGAGGCCGGAGGUGGCCUCACCGGCGUUGGAGAGAAGCGGGGCGGCGAGGCUCGGGGGCGACCGUUGUGGAGGAGGAUGGGGACGAGGCGUCGUCGCCGCGUCGGGGAGGCGGACGCAGUCCGGCGGGGAGGAGGACGGGGAUGCGGCGACGACGGGGCAGCGUCAGGCGGCUUCGGGUCCUCGUGCGGCGGCGAUGUCGGGUCGCGCGGUGGUCGAGGCGGCGAAGAAGCUGUGGGGCGGAGGCGGCAGCCCUCGGGCGCGGGCGUGCUCGCCGGGGCCACGGGGAGCAGCGGGGAGGAGGCCGUGGCAUGGGGUGGCCUUCUGCGCCGGCGAGGUGGGGCGACGGGCGGCGGGAUCGGCGAUGGGGGUCGGGAGGCCGUUGCCCCGAUCUGGAUCGUGUCGGGGGAAGGCAGAGGGGAUCGUGCGGGGGGAGAGUGGGGGGUUGGGCCCUAG